AUGACGGUAUUACCCGCCCUUCGUUCGCGCGGUUUCGUCGCUUCACGGCCUCCACGAGUUGAUCUAGAUGAAACACCGCCUCUUCUACCUAGGAAAAGCCAGGAGCAUGGCGCCCUCACGCUCUCCAACAAGGAAGUACCGCAUUGGCUGGGAGAAAGCAAUUAUAUCCUGACUGGCUACCGAGUUCCAUGCAAUUCGACCGCUCGUUGCUUCUACAGCUGGUUCUACACCCAUAAUGAGACCGUUAACAUCUAUACGCAUCUUAUCCCGGCCAUUGGCUUUGCCGCUGCAGAGGGUUUUGUUUUCCGGCACUUCGAGGCUCUCUACCCUGAAGCUCCGGUGGCGGAUAAAGUGGUUUUUUCACUCUUCCUGCUGACAGCCAUAAUGUGUAUGAGCUGCUCGACAUUGUUCCACACAUUCAUGAGCCACUCCGAGAAGGUGGCCAAGGCAUGCCUGCGUGCCGACUAUAUGGGAAUUGCAGGGCUGAUUUUCGGUGACAUCAUCUCUGGUACUUAUGUGGUGUUCUAUAGCGACACAGCGUUGUGGGCUAUUUAUUGGACAACUACAUUUGCGUUCAGUUCCUUAACAUGCAUGAUAUUAUUCCACCCGAAAUUCGAAGGUGAGGAGUACCGAACCUUUCGUGCGUGGACAUUUAUCUGCACCGGAUUGUCUUCACUAGCACCCCUGAUGCAUGCCAUCAUACUUUAUGGCCUUGAGGAAAUGAUGGAACACGGCGGGCUCCCGUACUACCUCCUUGAAGGUCUGUUGCACAUAAUUGGGGUCGCCUUCUAUGUGACCCGCAUCCCAGAGUCUCUGAGACCAGGGAAAUUCGAUAUUUGGUUCAAUUCGCAUCAGAUAUUCCACAUCUUGGUUGUGCUGGCCACUAUAUCGCAGGUUAUCGGCAUCUGGAGCGCCUAUGACCAUAAAUAUUACACUGAGAUAAGUCUACUACAUUGA